UCCGGCGGCCGAGCGAGGCGGCAGGCGGCAUGGGCAAGAGGAGGAAAUGUGCGCUGCAGGUCAUCAUGGAAGAUGCUGGAAUAGAGAUUGAUGGACAAGUGGAAAGUGACACAGAGAGUGAAGAAGAUGAAGUGAAGGAGAAGACACCUAAGAAACGUCCCCUUAGGGAAACCAGGAGAACAAGCAGGCUUGAAAGGAAAAAGCAAGGCGAAGACAAAGAAGAAGAGAGCAAAGAGGAAGACAGCUGCAGCCAGCAGAAUGGAGCUCCUAGGAGAAAAAACCACCAGAGAGAAAAUAGAGAUGGAAAAAAGGCAGGAGGGGGAGGGAGCCGACAGAGAGGCAAAAAGGCUCCUACCAAAGAUCAGAAGGAGUCAGAGAACAAGGAAAAGAAAGCAAACGAGACAGGAAAGGAAGAGGAAAGCAAAGAGAAGACAGACAGGAAAAGCAGCACUUCUUCCAACUCCUCCAGUGAGGAGUCACUGUCAGAGGAAGAGCUGGCAAUGCUGAUGGAGCAAGUGGAGCAAAAGAAGAAACUCAUUUCCACCAUGAGGAACAAGCCCUGGAGGAUGGUGAAGAAGCUUUCAGUCCUCAGGGAGGCUCAAGCUUUUGUAGAGAAGUUUGAAGGAGCCCUGGGAAAAGGGAAGGGCAAAAAGUUGUAUGCCUACAAGAUGAUGAUGGCAAAGAAAUGGGUGAAAUUUAAGAGGGACUUUGACAAUUUCAAAACCCAGUGCAUACCCUGGGAGAUGAAGAUAAAAGAAGUGGAGAGCCACUUUGGCUCCUCAGUCGCUUCCUACUUCAUAUUUCUGCGGUGGAUGUACGGAGUGAAUCUCGUCCUUUUUGGGCUGAUCUUUGGGCUGGUCAUCAUCCCAGAGGUCCUGAUGGGAAUGCCAUAUGGCAGCAUGCCAAGGAAAACCGUGCCCCGGGCUGAGCAAGCGACAGCAAUGGACUUUUCAGUUCUUUGGGACUUUGAGGGUUACAUCAAAUACUCAGCACUCUUCUAUGGCUACUACAACAACCAGAGGACAAUUGGCUGGCUAAAAUACAGGCUGCCAAUGGCCUACUUCAUGGUUGGGAUCAGUGUGUUUGGCUACAGCCUGAUGGUGGUGAUCAGAUCCAUGGCACGCAACGCCAACGAGAGCACCGCCGACGGCGACGACGACAACUUCAUCUUCAGCUGGAAAAUGUUCACCAGCUGGGACUACCUCAUUGGCAACCCAGAGACAGCAGACAACAAGUUUGCAUCCAUCACCACCAGCUUCAAGGAGUCUAUUGUCGACGAGCAAGAAAGCAACAAGGAUGAGAACAUCCACCUGAGGAGGUUCCUGCGGGUUCUGGCCAACCUCCUCAUCAUAUGCUGCUUGUGUGGCAGUGGUUACCUCAUCUACUUCGUGGUCAAACGCUCCCAAACGUUUUCCAAGAUGCAAAACGUUGGGUGGUAUGAAAGAAAUGAGGUGGAGAUUGUGAUGUCCCUGCUGGGCAUGUUUUGCCCUCCCCUCUUUGAGACCAUAGCCGCCCUGGAAAACUACCAUCCCCGCAUCGGGCUGAAGUGGCAGCUGGGGAGGAUCUUUGCCCUCUUCCUUGGGAACCUCUACACCUUCCUCUUGGCCUUGAUGGAUGAUGUCAAUGAAAAACUAGCUGAAGAGGAUGUGGUGAAGAACAUCACACACUGGACGCUGCUUGGCCACCACAACUCAUCCCUCAGGAACAGCAGCACUGCCACCCCACCGCCUCUCGACCCCGCGGACGUGCCCAGGGGACCCUGCUGGGAGACAACUGUUGGCAUUGAGUUUGUGCGGCUGACAGUGUCUGACAUCCUGGUGACCUACAUAACCAUCCUGGUGGGAGACUUCAUCCGAGCUUGCUUCGUCAGAUUUGUGAACUACUGCUGGUGCUGGGACCUGGAGGCUGGAUUUCCAUCCUACGCCGAGUUUGACAUCAGUGGCAAUGUUUUGGGUUUGGUCUUCAACCAAGGGAUGAUUUGGAUGGGCUCCUUCUACGCGCCAGGACUGGUGGGCAUCAACGUGCUGCGCCUGCUGACCUCCAUGUACUUCCAGUGCUGGGCUGUGAUGAGCAGCAAUGUUCCUCAUGAGCGAGUCUUCAAAGCCUCCAAAUCCAAUAAUUUCUACAUGGGGCUCUUGCUGUUGAUCCUCUUCCUCAGCCUCUUGCCCGUGGCUUACACCAUCAUGUCCUUGCCUCCCUCCUUCGACUGUGGACCCUUCAGCGGGAAGAAGAGGAUGUAUGAAGUCAUUCAGGAGACCAUCGAGCUGGAUUUCCCACUCUUUGUUGCUAAGAUCUUCAGCUACGUGGCAAACCCAGGGCUGAUCAUCCCUGCGAUCCUGCUCAUGGUCCUUGCCAUCUACUACCUGAACGCCGUGGCCGAAGCCUACCAGCGCGCCAACACAGAGCUGAAGAAGAAGAUGCAGAUGCAACGUGAAGAGGAGAAGAACAAGAGGAAUAACAAAGCCAGCACUAACCCUGUGCUGCAGGACAUGGAGGAGUUGCUGACACCCAGUCCAAAGAAGGAAACUCCUCCCAAACAAGCAGAAGGCAAGAACAUGGAGCCUCCUGCUGGAACCAGCCCCGCUGGGCAACGAGGCAAAGCAGCAGCCCUGGACGGCAGCCCCAUGACCGGGGGCAGAGGAGCAGCACUGUGCCCCCCACCACACGUGUUCGUGAGGCAGCCACCGGUAUUGAGGCUUCGGGCACCCUACCUUGGGCAGCCGAGGCCCUGGGGGCAGCCCCUGGGAGCAGUCCCUGGGAGGGGGAGAGGGCAGCCACGGUACCCACCCGCUGCUCGGUAUGCCCCCUGAGGUCUCUGCUGCCAGGCAGAGCCGGAGGUGCCGCAGCAGCUGUCGGGGCCCGAGUAGGAAGCAAAUGCUCUGUGCUGGUGACCUGUAUCUGCCCAGUCCUGUCUCAGCCAGCUGUGCGGGGAAGCUCAGUAGUGCUGCGGGGCUGUUUCCCCCAGUGGCUGUGCUGCUUUCUUCUCACGAGGGAAACGGGAGGCAGCCAGGAUGGACUCAGCCACGGCACUGCUGAGCCGCUCCGCACAGGAUGCUGCCUUGCGAGCUGGCUCGGCGGUGUGAGCGCUUCUCAGUCCCUUCGAAGGCUUCUUCAGCCAGUAACAGCAGCGUGAGCUCACCUCCUUCCAGCCCUGCCUCUGCCUGAGCAAUUAAACUACGCUUUAAAGCGAGUGAGUGUCUCUGUCCAGCUUGGUGGCAGCUGCUAGGAGGAGCAGAGGACUCCUACCAGACCAGCAAAGGGGAGGUGUUGCCAGCUGCAUGUGGUAGCUUUCCUCCAGUCUGCCUACUCCAAACCAUCACCUUUUUGUUUCAGUUCCACUGUGUAGGUCUCCACCUUCUCUGGGUUCUCACUCUGCUCCUCUAGCUCAGCCUGCUGACUGUAGAUCCAUCAUUAUUUCAACCCCUAUAUGCAGCUCCUCACUCGGGAACACCUCCCAGCACAGCUGAGGGCAAGAGCUGUCACAGGGACAGGGGCCAGAAGCUGCACUGGCUCCAGCCCCUCCAGCAACUGCCCCAAGAAAGCUUCACCGGCAAAGGAGCACAGGGAAGACCAUCCAAGGCCAUUUCCUCCUGCCCAGAGGAAGUCCCUGGUGAUGGAGACUGAUGUUUCUGCAGCUGAUCCCACCCCACGAGGCAUGAUGCUCAGCAUGCCCAGCCAGGCAGAGGUUCUGCCAGGGAAUUCCUCUCUCCAUCACCCUUUUCCUGCUACUCUCCCAAGCCCUGAGGCAGCAGCUUGUCCUCUGGCAGGUGGCAGCCCAGUUUCAUCUGCAGCCAAGGCUUUAUCACUCACAAAUGCUCAGGACAGAG